AUGUCCCCCACAACAGCUCUUCAGGGCCGCCUGAAAGAGCUCUCGACUUCCCUGGGACAAAUCCAGCCUCUUGUGGACCGAUUACACGAUUUUACUGCCUCUAUUGGCCAGGGUGAUGAGGCCCGCCUGGAGCUUGGGAGCGAAAUUCAUUCUCGAUUAAAAGAAGCCGAGCAUGAGUUGGAGUUGCUCCGUGUGGAGGUCGAAGCGCUGGACACAAGUUCAGAUAGCAGGCGGAAGUCAUCUGCUGCCCAUGGAGAAAAAGAAGCCGAGAGAGAGCGGGUGGUUCAUAUGGCGGGACGAAUGGCGGAUGAUCUCAAGAGAACACGAGUCGAGUUCCGAACAGCACAGUUACAAGCGAAGCGGAAUGCCGAGCUAGCCAAGCGGAAGGAAAGAGAGUUGCUACUGUCAAGAUCGCACUCUUCUGGGAACAAUCAGCAUACGGAAAAGUUCACUCAAGAUGAUCUUAUUUUGAACGCCUCGAACGACGUUACAUCUGCGCUGCGUCGAACCCACCAACUCAUGCAAGCGGAGCUCUCCCGCAGUCAAUUCGCCCAAUCGACACUUGAACAAUCUACGGCUGCAAUCUCGUCUCUGUCCGAGUCCUAUAGCAGCCUUGACACACUUAUCUCCUCAUCUCGUAGUCUCGCGAACUCUCUUCUCCGCUCCCAGAAGUCCGAUACAUGGUACCUCGAAACCGCAUUCUAUAUCUUACUUGGAACAAUCGGGUGGCUCAUUUUCCGACGGAUCUUCUACGGGCCCCUUUGGUGGCUCCUCUGGCUGCCUUUGAAGCUCGUCGCUCGUGUUGCCUUUGCAAGUACAGGUGCCAUUGGGAUCUCUAAUGCAGCUUUGAAGUCUGCUUCAGGAUCAUUUUCCAGCGAAAUUUCUGUCGCACUUCAUCAGACAGCCACGUCGGUUGCGACAGGAACCAUAGUAUCCAGUACCACUGCCUGGGACCAAGAACCAUCCGCACCGGCUGACAACAACCGUCGGAUUGAUGAGAUUGGAGAGAUGGUAGAGCGAGCGAAGCAGCAGGGCAUGAACAUGGAUGAUUACACUCCGGAAGAGAUCGAAAGACUUGCAAAGCUUCCUCGGAAUACCAAAAAGAGGAUGUUCGAGGCCCCGAGAGAGGAGCAGCCGCGAGAUGAGCUGUAG